AUGCUUCUAGUCGUUUUCAUGUACGAGCGCGCCUUUGAGCUCAGCGAGCUUCAGGGUACCCUGAAGCCCCGCAUCACGGCCAGCUGCCUCAUCUUGUUCGCUGCCGACCACGGUGUCACCCGCGACACACCGGGCGUCUCAGCCUACCCGCGCCAGGUCACGCCCGCCAUGUUCGGCGCCAUCGUACGCGGCCAGGCCGCAAGUAGCGCCCUCUGUGCCGCCAACGGCGUCGAUCUAGAGAUCGUCGACGUCGGGGUGGACGCAGAUCUGGACGGCAGCUGCUCGGCAGCCGCCCCUCCUUCCAGCAACGCCCCGGUCAUCGUCGGGUCCGACGCGGCUUGCAGCGGCAAAACGUCUGAUGGUGCAGCGGCACAUGCAGCCGGCGAGGCUGUGUUCCCAUCAGUGCACGCAUUCCAUGCAAAGGUGGCGCGCGGCAGCGCCAGCUUCCUCGAAGGGCCGGCGAUGAGCGAACAGGAGUGCGCGGCGGCGCUGGCGGCCGGCGCGGCGGCGGUGGCGCGCGUGUGCGAGCGUGCCGCCGUGGCGUCCUCAGAAGCCGGGCAGGGAUCUGCGCGGGCGGCGCAGCAGCAGCAGCAGCAGCAGCAGCAGCAGCAGCAGCAGCAGCAGGAGGGAGCGGGGAGCUUUGCCGGCCUGGCGCUGGCGAUUGGCGAGCUGGGCAUCGGCAACACCACCGCCGCCAGUGCGCUCGUCGCCGCGCUGACCGGGGCCGCGCCCGCCGCCGUUGUCGGCCGCGGCACCGGCGUCUGCGACUCGGGCCUGGACACAAAGCAGCGCGCGGUGGAGCGCGCCCUCGCCGCCAACUCGUCUCUCAUCCGGGACCACGGCGCUCUGGGCGCGCUGCGCGCGGUGGGCGGCCUGGAGCUCGCGGCCAUGGCCGGCGCCUUCCUGGAGGCUUCCCGCCGCCGGCUGCCCGCGGUGGUGGACGGGUUCGUCUCGGGCGCCGCGGCGCUUGCGGCGGUGCGGCACGACCCGACAGUGAAGGAGUGCUUGUUUGCGUCUCAUAGGAGCGCCGAGGCGGCGGCGGGGGCUGUGCUGGAGGAGCUAGGGCUCAGGGCGCCCCUGCAAAUGGACAUGAGGCUGGGCGAGGUGGGCCAUGAAACUUGA